AUGCCGCUGACUGUACAGCGGUUUUUAUGCCGUCUAGGCUGCUCCGCUUUUACUCCUUGCCUUGCCUAUGCACAGCGACUCUUACGAAUGGCUACACCCUCGGCAAGCCAUACCGAAUGCGUACCUCACGCAACAAAGCAAUUGGCACGCUUCUUUUUCGCAGGCGUUGCCAGGAACUGGGAAGACAUUCCGGUUAGGGAGCAUGAUAUGCGGGCCGGCGCUAGUCCGCGCCAAUCAUCGGCGAAGCGUCCCAACGCAUAUGCCGAAUACGCCGGAUCCGUAUCAGGGUCCCGCGGCAUGGCCUGGAUUGGAGAACCUCUUCCUAACCAUGAUGAGAUGUACGAUUUGGCUGUUUUCCUGAGACCCGGACUCCAACCCACUUCAUCCCAGGCUGCCCGAACCGGUGUCCCUUAUGGAGUUUCCUCCAUAUGA